AUGGCUCUCUUCAGUUUCCUCGUCCACCCGAGCCUCCGGGCGGAGUACAACAGGAUGAGUUUUGGCCACAAGAUCCUCUUCCUGGUAAGAACGUCAUCAACGCAUCAGCGCCAGCCCGUAGUCUGAAGGUUGAUCGAUUUCUAGUCGCACGAUCCAUUUCUUUUUCUCUCUCUUCUCAGAUGGUGCAUGUCGUCGACAAGCUGGGGUUAUGGCACAGGCUGCCGGUGUUCCUCGGACUCACCUACCUCACCUUCCGCCGGAUCAUCUACAACAGGCAGAACCUCCUCGCCGUCGGCAAGAUCGACUCCGUCGACCCCAACCCCGACGCCCACCCCUUCCGCUCCGACGACGGCACCUUCACUGACCUCUCCAAGCCCGCAGCCGGCAGCAAGAUGACCUUCAUCGGGAGGAAUAUUCUCCCUGUUGACCAGCAGGGAAAGGUAGCUAGCGGCUCCCACGUUGAUCUCCCACUCUGUUUGUAUCCGCUGUUGACACGCCUUUGGGCCAGCUUACGGAUCCAGAUCCGUUUGUGGUGGCGACGAAGUUGCUGGAGAGGAAGAGCUUCAUCGGGACGGGGAAGCAGUUCAACGUGAUCGCCGCCUCCUGGAUCCAGUUCAUGGUUCACGAUUGGAUAGACCACCUAGAGGCCACCCGCCAGGUACCCUCUCUCUCUCUAGAUUUAUAAAAAAUAAAUAAUCCAGUAUACAUCACAUCUCUAAAGGAAAAAUCUGACGAACGGAAUUGCUCCCGAAGAAAAAUAAUUGGGAAGAGCCUUGGCGCGAUGCAGUGGACGGAAUUGCACGCAGAGCGAGUCAUGCGUUAGAAUUCUUCCGCAUAAGUUACAAACCCCGGGGCCGAGUAGGGCAAUACGACCAAAACCGGCGUCAUUGCACAUUGGUCCCUCUGCAUGCAUUCAGACUUUUGUUGUGCGAACCAAAUAAAUCUGUUGUCUUUCCCAGCCAAGAAGAAGGCUACAAAUGUCUACGUAUGUAUAUGUAUUCGUGUAUGUAUGUGUAUGAGUCUGACUUACCGUGGCCGUGUAGAUCGAGCUGACGGCGCCGAAAGAAGUCGCUGGUGGCUGCCCACUGAAGGCCUUCCGGUUCUACGCCACAAAGAGCAUCCCUGUGGGCGCCUCAAGGGCUAUCCCAGUCGGCCACAAGAACAUCCGAACCUCCUGGUGGUAAGAAGAUCGCAGAUUCGAUUGUUCUCCAUAUUAAGAAGGAAAGAAAGGAGGAAAUGAAGAGGGGCUGAUCUGCAACGAAGGGACGGGAGCAUGCUGUACGGGAGCGACAAGUGGGCCGCGGAGCGUGUGAGGACGUUCCAGGGCGGGAAGCUGAGGAUCAGGGAGGACGGUCUUCUCCUUGAUGAUGAGCAGGGCUGUGCCGUCAGUGGCGACGUAAAGAAUAGCUGGGCCGGCAUCUCGAUCCUGCAGGCGCUCUUCGUCAAGGAGCACAACGCCGUCUGCGACGCCCUCAAGGUGCAACCGCUUCUUCUAUUUCUUCUUCUUCUUCUUCUUCCUCCUCCUCCUCUUCCUCCUCCUCCUCUUCCUUCUCCUCGUCAUUAUCCAUCAUCCUCAUCCUCAUCCUCUUGCUAAUUGUGACGCUAACGAGCUGAGGCCUAUCCUCGCGCAGAAGGAAUACCCGGAGCUCGAGGACGAAAAGUUGUUCCAGUAUGCGAGGCUGGUGACGUCGGCGGUGAUCGCCAAGAUCCACACCAUCGACUGGACCGUGGAGCUCCUCAAGACCGACACCCUCAAUGCCGGCAUGCAUGGCAACUGGUGGGGGACGGCUUUCUCUCCCUCUCUCUUCCCCCUCGUAUGAUGUUCACGUCCAGAUUCAUACGUUUUAUGUAUAUCCUACAUCCAUAACAUGGAUGCUCCUCAUAUGAUUCUAAGAAUUUGUGGGUCUCUGGUGUAGGUAUGGGCUCCUGGGGAAGAGGUUCAAGAGCAUCUUCGGCCACGUUGGAGGAGCCACGCUGGGGCUUGCUUUGAGUGGCCUCGUGGGGCUCAAGGAGCCCAACGACCACGGUGUCCCCUAUUCCCUUACCGAAGAGUUCACGUGUGUGUACAGGAUGCAUCCUCUCCUCCCGGACACCCUCCAAAUCAGGAACAUCAAUGAACCCCCGGGCGCCAACAAGGCCCCCUCUCUACUCAAAGAGUAACCUCUCUCUCUCUUCUCUCUCUCUCUCUCUCUCUCUCUCUCUCUCUCUCUCUCCUCUUAAUGAAAACAAGGGCUUUGAAUGUGCCCGUAUUGUCCGAUCGCUGGUUGACUUUAUGGGUAUUCUCUCUUUUACAUGAGCAGGAUCAAAAUGGAGGAACUGAUUGGAAUUAGAGGUGAGAAAGUUCUAAGCGAGCUGGGAUUCGAGACACAGCUAGUGUCCAUGGGCCAUCAAGCUUGUGGCGGGCUGGAGCUCUGGAACUACCCCACAUUCCUCAGGGACCUCAUCGCGGAGAACAGUGACGGAAGUGAGAGGCCAGAUAAAGUGGAUCUUCCGACUCUUGAAGGUUAAUGGUCUAUAUAUUCUGUCGUACAACAUUUUUUACCUAGGGAAUAGGUUUUUGAAGGGUUUGCUCGUAUUGACUGUGCAGUAUACCGAGAUCGAGAGAGAGGGGUUGCCAGAUACAACCAGUUCCGGAGGAGUAUGCUGAUGAUCCCCAUUUCUCGCUGGGAAGACUUGACCGAUAAUGCCGAGGCCAUAAAGACCCUAAAAGAGGUGUAUGGGGACGAUGUGGAGAAGCUCGAUCUCAUCGUGGGUCUCAUGGCGGAGAAGAAGAUCAAGGGAUUCGCGAUAAGCGAGACGGCCUUCUUCAUAUUUCUCAUCAUGGCUCCCAGGUAUUACUUCUGACCUAAUCUCCCCUAGAUUCAUCGAGUUGGGUGGUUAAUCUUACAAUUCAGGAUCUUAUGUUAUGCUCGAGAAUAGUCUGAAGAUGGGUUAAGCCUUGAGACUUUCGGAAUCAUCCCGUCGAAUGAUAACCCUUGUGUGGAUGUCCAUGGAUGGGGUGAGCCCUGAGCUUGGCCUGGGCUCAUUCCGAUUUUCUUUUGGGCUUUAGGCCUGUAAGUCAAACCCCCACCGUUCCUUACUUGGAAGUGUGCUAUCUCGCUCUGAACCAACCCAUUUUCUGGGCCUUUUACGAGACACCUGCCAGCGAGAAAUGGGGAUCAUUAGAAGCCCACUGAUGUGAAAUAUGGUAUUUGCUCUUGUAGGCGGUUGCAAGCUGAUAGAUUCUUCACAAGUCACUUCAACGAGCAGGCAUACACCAAGAAGGGGUUUGAAUGGGUCAACAAGACAGAAAGCCUGAAGGACGUCAUCAACCGCCACUACCCAGAGAUCAAUAAAAAGUGGAUGAACUCCACUAGUGGCUUCUCUGUGUGGGACGCUUCCCCGGAGAAGGCUAACUGGGUACCACUCUACCUGAGGAUCCCCAGGUGA